ACAUACAGCUAGUCAACGCCGCUCCCUCCCUGUCUCGUGUCUCGUCUCAAAUCCACAUCUCCUCUGUUCUUCACUUCUCUUCCUCCCGCGGCCGCCGCUCGUCGUCGGCUACCUCACGCUCCUCCCCGUCCUCCGCCGCCAUCCCAAGGCCCUAUUCUUAACGCACGAGGGGAACUGCCUCUGUUGCUCUAGAAAGAAAUGAAAACACUGGUAUGGAGCAGAUCAGCAUUUGACAAAAUGGGCAGAAGAGUUCGAAUUAUGUUCCUCAUCAACCUUAUGCUUUGGUGCGGUACAAGCUUUGCCUUGGAUGAUGCUGCUGGUAUAAGGACUCCAAAUGUGGGCACAGUAUCUCUGAAGGAAAAUCCGCAAUUAUGCCAACUUUGUGAAGAGUUUGCCUCAGAAGCCCUCUUCUAUCUUAAAGAAAACGAGACCCAGACUGAAAUCAUUAAUACGCUGCACCAAGCUUGUUCAAAGUUUUAUUCUUUUAAGCUAGAGUGCACCAGGUUGGUGGAUUAUUAUGCCCCUCUUUUCUUCACAAAAAUUGCUUCUUUAAGCCCUGAAGAAUUUUGCGGAACAGUAAGUUUCUGUGGGGAGGUAACUUUCAUUCGUCUCCCAAGACAUGAAGAUACUUGCACCCUUUGCCAUGAGGUUGUUGAUGAUAUCAUUACUAAUCUUGAAGAUCCAGACAUGGAGCUUAAGAUAGUAGAGAUACUUCUGAAAGGAUGCAAUAAUGCAGAGAGUUUUGUACAAAAGUGCAAGAGGAUGAUAAUCCAAAAUGCACCAAUCAUACUGGAACAUAUCAAGAAGUUCCUCAAGAAGAGGGAUUUCUGCAAUUCUAUCCAUGUCUGUGGAGGUAAAACUGCUCAUGCUGGAGCGCAAGUCCUCAGAAGCCUUUCUACAGCCUGAACUUUCCAGAACGGUAUAGUCCGCACAGCAGAUAUCGGUGGUGUACAUGUAAAAACAAGUUCCGGCACUGUUUAACUCCUUGGCAACAUAGACUGUACAAAAUUGGUUGUUUACAUGUAGAAAAAAAUCCACCAUGUAAAGAUACGUAGUUACUGUACAAACCUCUGCGAGAUAGUAGUUGCUACAUGAUUGCUUAUGGAUCAUGAGCUGGGUGUAUAUUUGAACUGUAUAUCAUUAUUUGUAAGAGAUCAUAUUGCUUCAUGUAUGUAUAAUAACUAAACUGUGAUGUA